ACAACGACGGAAGCGAGAGAGAGAGAGAGAGGGAGAGACAGAGAGAGAGAGAGAGAGAGAGAGGGGGAAAGAAGAAAGGGAUUAGCAUCUACCGUACACUGAAAGAGGGUCGUGGUCGGCGCACAGGGGUGGUCGACAAACGCGCGAACUGGGAAGCUGCGUGGGCGGACUGAAGAAACCACCAAGAGACUUCGUGCAGACACACACCCCUCCCGAACGAACCCCAGUCACUUCUGGGGUUGUAUCAUCGAGAAGUGGGUCACACAAAAAGGGGAAAAUGCGUGUGACACCCAUGCCAGAGGUGAGAAUGUUGAGGUGGUCAUCCAUCCAGUUGGAGGAUGCAACGUUGGCGACAGAGUCGGCACCCAGUGGCAACAAAACAAAAAGCUUUGAUGACCUAAAGGCCAAAUUUUAUGAACUACUGAAACCCAUACCCCUACCAUCAUGGGUUAUAGCUUGCACCUUCAUCUUGGUGGCCCUGCUGCUCCUGUGCUGCUGUGUUUGCAUCUAUAGGAAGUGCUGCGGUCGGAAGAAGAAAGGGAAGAAAGCAAAGGAGAAAGUGCGGGCUCAUAUCAACAUCCGGGAGGUCCAUGAGAUUGGCCAGAGUUAUGUUGACAAGGUGCAACCAGACGUAGAGGACCUGGACGCAGGUCUGGAUGAGAAGAGGCCAGAACAAGAGAAGCUUGGAACACUUCAGUAUUCCUUGGACUAUGACUUCCAGGCAGGACAGCUCAUUGUGGGCAUCCUUCAAGCCAAGGACCUCCAGGCGAUGGACAUCGGCGGUACGUCAGAUCCCUACGUGAAAAUAUACCUGCUGCCUGACAAGAAGAAGAAGUAUGAGACAAAGGUCCAUCGGAAGACACUGUGUCCAGUUUUCAAUGAGUCUUUUUACUUUAAGAUCCCCUAUGCAGAGCUUGGUGGAAAGACCCUAGUGAUGGCUGUAUAUGACUUUGACCGAUUCUCCAAACAUGAUGCUAUAGGAGAGGUGCGCAUCCCCAUGAACCAAGUGGACCUGGCACACCUGAUUGAGGAAUGGAGAGACCUGCAAAGCGCUGAAAAAGAGGAGCAAGAGAAGCUUGGAGAUAUCUGCUUCUCCCUCCGCUAUGUGCCGACCGCAGGAAAACUGACGGUGAUUGUCCUGGAGGCCAAAAACCUCAAGAAGAUGGAUGUAGGGGGGCUGUCUGAUCCGUAUGUGAAGAUCCAUCUGAUGCAAAAUGGCAAGCGACUCAAGAAGAAGAAAACAACCAUAAAGAAAAACACGCUUAAUCCCUAUUAUAAUGAGUCCUUCAGUUUUGAGGUCCCAUUUGAACAAAUCCAGAAGGUUCAGGUCGUCCUCACAGUCCUGGAUUAUGACAAGCUGGGCAAGAACGACGCCAUUGGCAAAGUGUUUGUGGGCUGCAACUCUUCAGGCACUGAGCUUCGUCACUGGUCAGACAUGCUUGCUAAUCCGAGACGCCCCAUCGCCCAGUGGCACACCCUUCAACCAGAGCAAGAUGUAGACACCAUGCUAGGCAUCAGGCCAAACUAAAUUCACUGCCAGUACGUACUUGGUGCACGACAGCAUGAUUAUUUGUGGGUGGCAAUGAAGUUCAGUUCACUUCCCUUUGAUUGAUAUUAUAAUUAUUAUCAUUGUUUAACUUACUCACUAUUAGAAAUAGUCCCAAAGUUGCUGUGCGCAGCAGUAUCUGGGAUAACAUGACACUAGGAGUUCUUGUCCAAGUGCCAUGCAGCUUUAUCCCAUCUUUUUGUCUGAUUCAACAUUUAUGCCCGCUAUGCAAUUGUGAGUUGCCAUUUUAAUACACAAAACCCGAGUUCUUAGAUUGCCAGCUUGACAUUUUGUUAAAGGGAAGUGAACACAGUUUGUGUGUUCUUUGGCUCCUGUUAGGGUCACCUCACUCACACACACUCACACUCACACACACACACAUACACACACACACACACACACACACACGACACAGAGCUUGCAAGCACACCAUGUGCCCAUGCAAAGGAACUCAACUAAAUAUGUCCUGCCAUCAGAUAAGUGUUUUUUCUAUGGGUUUUGUUUUCACUGGGAUACACGACCCUGAGUGAACCUGUCACCCUCUGGUUUGUGCUGUUUGAGCCCAAUUUCCCUCAUUGCUCUCCUAUUUCCAUCGGUUUAUUUGUCUAAAUAUCUUUUCUUAUGCCUCCCCUUUGUAUUUUUAGUAAUUUUUCAUACAAAUGUUCACUUACCUGUCUGAGCUCUUGUGCUGGUGUACCAUGCUUUGGUUUUUUGUCUUCUCUGUCUAUGCCACUCAUUCUUUUUGAAGUUCCCACUUUUUGACCCCUAUUUUCUUGGAGAUUCUUUUUAUUACUGUUUGAAUCUUGCUCUCUUUGACAUUCAUUGCUCCCUUUCAGCCUUGUUCAUUUCAGACUCUAUGCAUUUUCUCUUCUUUUUAUCAUCUUUUUAGCACUAUCCUGUCUGACGUUAUAGUGUACUUACAUUAUAGUUACACAGUGACUACCUGCUUAUUUAAGUAUAAGGAGGUAUUAUUACCAUCUGACAUGAAUGAACUUCUCUCAAAGGUUAAUACAUAUUUCUCAUUCUUGUUUGAUGGACUGUUACCUGCAUAACAAGGCAAGAAUACAGAAAUACUUCCCAGUGCAAAAGCAGU